UUAUUGACGGUCGACGGUGCAGUGCAGUUUUAGAAAUUAGUCUCUCCUCCUCCUACAAGCUUUUAAACAUAAAUUUGUAAUUGUUAUUUAAUAUUGAAAAGAUGUCAACCGCCGCUUUGUGUUAUUGGCAAUCAAUCACCUCCAACAUGAAACUGAAUAAUGAUUGGGAAAUGGAUGGCCCAAGGUGUGAAGGUGUAAAUGUUGAUAUUUGCGUUGGUGAUAGCAGCAGUCAUAACAAAAAUAGUGAUGUUAGAGCAGCUGAUUUUGAUGGUCACCAAUUGAUGAGGAAUUUGUCUGCAGCUUAUGUAUCCAGUGCGGCUUCGGGGGUUGAGUCUGGUCGCCAGAGGCAUGCCCCGCUUUAUGGACGCUUUGUGGUCGAGGAGGAACUUCCCGCAACACAUCGAGAUGUAAUGCAUCACCGAUCUAGUCCAACGUCGUCGUCUGAAGUGCGAGCUAUGCAGGCACGAAUCCCAACACAUUUUCGUGAUCCAGCAACAGCGCCGCUUCGAAAACUAAGCGUGGAUUUAAUCAAGACCUACAAGCAUAUAAAUGAGGUUUAUUAUGCGAAAAAGAAACGACGCGCUCAACAGACUCAAGAUGAGGAGGAUUCUUCAACUAAAAAAGAACGUAAAUUAUAUAACGAUGGUUAUGAUGACGAUAAUCAUGAUUAUAUUAUUAAAAAUGGAGAGAAAUUCUUGGAUAGAUAUGAAAUAGAUUCUUUAAUAGGUAAGGGAAGUUUCGGACAGGUGGUUAAAGCCUAUGACCAUGAAGAGCAAUGUCAUGUAGCGAUAAAAAUUAUUAAAAAUAAAAAACCGUUCCUAAAUCAGGCACAAAUUGAAGUUAAAUUACUGGAAAUGAUGAAUCGCGCGGAUGCUGAAAAUAAAUACUAUAUCGUAAAACUAAAACGGCAUUUUAUGUGGCGUAAUCAUUUAUGUUUAGUGUUUGAACUGCUCUCCUAUAAUUUAUACGAUCUGCUGCGGAAUACGAAUUUUCGUGGUGUGUCCCUAAAUUUAACUCGUAAAUUUGCCCAACAGCUUUGCACUGCUUUACUCUUCCUGAGUACACCAGAACUGAAUAUAAUUCACUGUGAUUUAAAGCCCGAAAAUAUUUUACUUUGUAACCCGAAGAGAUCAGCAAUUAAAAUUGUGGAUUUUGGUAGUUCUUGUCAGCUGGGCCAAAGGAUAUAUCAAUAUAUUCAAUCACGUUUUUAUCGAUCACCCGAAGUCCUCCUUGGCAUACCAUAUGAUUUAGCAAUUGAUAUGUGGUCACUGGGUUGUAUACUAGUUGAAAUGCAUACUGGUGAACCACUAUUUUCUGGUUGUAAUGAAGUUGAUCAAAUGAAUAAAAUCGUUGAAGUGCUUGGUAUGCCGCCAAAGUAUUUACUAGAUCAAUCAAAUAAAACGCGUAAAUUUUUUGACAUAAUUGUUUCGGAUGGAUCGUAUGUAUUAAAGAAAAGUCAAAACGGUCGAAAAUAUAAACCUCCAGGAUCACGUAAACUUCAUGAUAUACUUGGUGUAGAAACGGGGGGCCCUGGGGGACGUCGUCUGGGUGAACCCGGUCACUCUGUGGCGGAUUAUUUAAAGUUCAAAGAUUUAAUAUUAAGAAUGUUGGAUUUUGAUCCGAAGUCACGUGUUACACCUUAUUAUGCCUUGCAACAUAAUUUUUUCAAACGUACUACUGAUGAGGGUACGAACACAGCAGCGAACAUAGCAAUAUCAUCACCGUCGGUUAGUUCGACGUCGUCUUCAGCCAUUGGUCAAGGCCAACAGCAACUGUUACCAAGUAGUGCGGUGCAACAUCAAGAACAACAAAGUCAUGGUCUACUGUUGCAUCCGAAUGUGCAUUCAUCUUCAUCCUCCUCAUCAGCCUCAAAUAUAUCUGCGCUUAAUAAUCAGCAACCUAACAGUUUAAAUAGCUUAGGCAAUAGUAUGAGUUCCCUGCAGCAAAUACCAUUAACCAAUCUGAUGCAUAGUCGUAGUGCUAUACGUGGCUCUUCAAAAAUGGGUUAUGAUCAUCCUAUGCUAAAGUCAAUGUAUGAGGUACAACAACAACAACAAGCCGCAGCGUUAAUGGCAGCGCAACAAGGAUUACAAGCUCUUCUCUCACCAUCAGCGAAUAUUGGUGGAAAUAGUAGUGGAGCAACAGUCAAUCAUUGCAAUAGUAAUAAUAAUUAUCCGCAUGCUAUGGAUUGUGAUCCGCCAGCCUCACAAAUGCCACAACCUCGUUUCAUAACUAGUAAUUCAAUAGGAGGCGUUUCAAAUACAUCAUCUUCACUAUCUUCCUCGAAUAAUAAUGCUGGAGUUGGUAGUAAUGGCUCCAGUCGGAUGCGGUCGUCGCAUCAUAUAUUUAAUACGCCACAAAAAAAUUCCCAAUUAUCAUUAAUUGGGCAACAUGGAACACCUAAUACAGCGCAACAAAUGCAGCAUCACAAUUAUGCUCCUGCUUCUUUACCACUUGAUUUAGUCAAUCAUCCAUUGUCAGCGGCAGCAUCUCACUUAAUGAUGACUGACUCAAGUGUAAUAACAGCAUCAACAGGUAGCUUAUCUGGUCCCUCUUCGUACUCCUCAUUACUUUAUCAACAUCAACAACAGCCACACAGUUUCGCAAUGUCAGGACCUCAGUCAACGCACGGUAUCGGUAUAGGUGCUGUAGAUAUGCCCCCGCCACCAACUGCAUUGCUGCAGCAUCAACAAAGGCGUGGCGAAAGCGCUUCACGUGUUCUUGGUGGCGGUGGUAAUGUAGGAGGGCCCGGUAAUGGUGCGGCUGGAAAUAAUGGUGGCGGAGACUCCUCUUCACCUAUGGUUGGUGUUUGUGUUCAGCAGAGUCCUGUCGUAAUUCACUAGAUUUAAGAGCGUAUUAAUAUAUCAUAAAAUUUCAACACUGUAACACUGUUUUUCUGAAACAGUCCUUUGAACAUGCAUACAUUCAAAACUAAUAUGUAUUAUAUACGUAAAUAUUUUUAACCAACCACAUAACAGCUACUUCCUAUAUAGCCUUAUAUAUGCAUGUAUAUAUUCCUAACUUCUCACAUGUCGGUCACACUAUUAAUUAUAAUAAAUUUAAUUAUUAAUUAAUUUAAUGCAUGUAACAAUGAAAUUUUAAAAAUAUUUCUAAAACGAAAUGUUAAGUACGUUUUUAUUUUUAAGGAUUUUAAGAAUUAAUUCUUGAUGACGUAAAUAUUCCCUUAAAAUACAAGUACAAACAGAUCCAAUUUAUCUAUAAAUGUCCUAUUUAUCAAAUUUCUUGUAAUCGCUAGACAUCAUGAAAACACAUUGCAAAAAAUUAAAAUGACCCCACAAAAUUACCUGUGGGGCGGCAUGAUUGAUAAUUUUAUGGAAUCGUUAUAAAUUUAAAUGUAGUUAUUUAAUUUAUUUAUUUUAACUUGAAUGUUUUGAUGUAUUUAGGUUGUUAGUACCUGUACUGUUCUUAAAUUGAGCGCAAAGAUCUACAGAAAGUCAUUGGCGUAUUACUUUUUCGCUUCAGAUUUAUUGCAGACUUGCGUAUUAUGUAUCUUUGCUUUCAUCAACCAAAUAAAGUGUAGAAACUUUAAGAUAAAUGCGUUCAGAUUCGUCAAUACCAGAUUAAUGGUAUUGAGACAUUUCUGAAGAUCUUAUUGAGGACAUAUUAAUUUUGUAAAUUUUUUGUCUAAAGCUUACAAUGCUUGUUGUACCUCAUAGGAAUCUGUUUGUAAAAUCCCUUUGGAGGUAUGAAAUCCUUUUUAUCCCUUUUCGAUAAAAGGUCGGUAUCUCCAUCUGGAUCAAUUGGAAUAUCUCAUUGAUGGGAAAUUAUAGUAAGAGCAAUGAGUAUCCCGUGGGUAAUUACAUUUUUUUGGUAGAGAUUUUAUUCUUUUUCAUGAAAUAAAAUGAUCUGUCAACAAAAUCGUAAGAAAGUAUUUCAUUAUCGGAAAAUAAGUUCCAUCACUUUGCUUUAACAAUUUCAAAAUCAUAGUCGAUGUAUCAAUUUUCCACGCAUAAUCGAUUUUCACUGUAGACAAUGGAUAUCGAUGUGUAUAAGUGCAUUCAGUUUAUCAGGUAUAUUCUGGGUGUUCUUUAGCCCCGCGAGCUACUCUCCUGGCUAUGUGGCUAUAUGACACAAUAAUAAUAUAUAUAUUUAUAAUAUAUAAUAUAUAUAUAUAUUAUCUCUGGGCGUUAUAAAAUUUAAUGCACGAAAUUAAAUUUAAAUUAAUUAUUUUUUGCAAUUACAGAUGUGUAAGUGGUUAUAAUUGAGUUUGAUUUUGUUUUUUAUUUUCAUAUCCGUCCAAUUUGUUAAAAAAAUUCCGUUUUAAUUUUACUCGCAUCCGAACUGUCUCAAGAAUUAA